AAAGCCAAGCUCCUCGGGUCCGCAAAGAAAGUCAAUGUCAACUUCCAAGACACUGAUGGGUUCUCGGCGCUGCACCACGCUGCUCUCAAUGGGAACACAGAGCUCAUCUCACUGCUGCUGGAGGCCCAGGCCGCUGUGGACAUCAAGGACAAUAAAGGGAUGCGGCCCCUGCACUAUGCCGCCUGGCAAGGCAAGAAGGAGCCCAUGAAAAUGGUGCUGAAAGCCGGGUCGGCUGUGAACGUCCAGUCAGACGAAGGGCAGAUCCCCCUGCACCUGGCAGCGCAGCAUGGGCACUAUGACGUGUCGGAGAUGCUGCUCCAGCAAUCCAUCGUGAUCGGACAAUUGGGGAAGAGCCCUGGACUUGGCCGAGUCCAGCGCCGGCAGCAAUCUAAUGGCUGCCCCUGUCCUGGCGUGAUCCGAGGUGCCUGCCGGACUCCUGGUCAGCGCGUCUCCGUAUCCCAAGGGUUCGUGGAGGCUUGGUGUCCGGAUGUGGUGCCCGCGCCGCUGUCUGCACAGGUAGUCCAGUUCUCGCUGCAGCAUCAACAUGUGCACGCGCCUGCUGGAGCCCAGCCAGGAGACGCCACCGAACACGGCACCAGCCCCCUGCACCUGGCAGCCAAGAACGGGCACAUCGACAUCAUCAGGCUCCUGCUACAGGCUGGCAUUGACAUCAACCGGCAAACCAAGGCGGGUACGGCCCUGCAUGAGGCAGCCCUGUGUGGAAAGACGGAUGUGGUGCGCCUCCUGCUGGAUAGCGGGAUCAACGCUCACAUCCGGAAUACGUACAGCCAGACGGCGCUGGACAUCGUCCACCAGUUCACUGCCACCCAAGCCAGCAAGGAGAUCAAACAGAUGCUGCGGGAUGCCUCGGCGGCGCUGCAGGUCAGGGCUGUUAAAGAUUAUUGCAACAACUACGACCUGACUAGCCUGAAUGUGAAAGCCGGGGACGUCAUCACUGUUCUGGAGCAGCAUGCGGACGGCAGGUGGAAGGGCUGUAUCCAUGACAACCGGACUGGCAAUGACCGCGUGGGCUAUUUCCCGUCCAGCCUGGUGGAAGCCAUCAGCAAGCGCACAGGUUCCCGGGGUUCCGACAGCCCGUCACAUCUGUCGCCGUCGCAGGGCGGAUCUGCUGCCACCCUGGCUCCAGUGGAAGAGAUCUGGGUGCUGCGCAAACCCUUUGCAGGUGGGGACCGCAGCAGCCUGGGGAGCACAGGAAGCGUGACCAGUGCCCGGAGCUCGGGGAGCGGGCAGAGUACAGGAAGUGGCAGCCAUGCCCUGCAUGCUGGCUCCGAAGGGGUCAAGCUGCUGGCGACGGUCCUGUCCCAGAAGGCAUCGGUGCAAGAGUCUGUGGUGGGUGAUGGGCCGGGCAAGGCCCUGGAGGCUGCUGCAGGGUCGUCUCGGACUCAGAGCCUGGCCAGCUCUCCCUACACCGGGCAGCCACUCGCCGAGCAGCAGCUGAAGAAGAUAGAGCCAAUGUCAGAAGGGAAGAGCUCCGAGGCCGUGUACCAGUGGCUCUGCAAGUUCCAGCUGCAGCUGUACGCAGCCAACUUCAUCAACGCUGGAUACGACAUCCCCACCAUCAGCCGCAUGACGCCAGAGGACCUCACUGCCAUCGGCGUGACGAAACCUGGACACAGGAAGAAGAUCACCUCGGAGAUCAACAGCCUGAACAUCCCCGAGUGGCUUCCGGAGUAUAAGCCGGCCAACCUGGCUCUCUGGCUCUCCAUGAUCGGCCUGGCCCAGUACUACAAAGUCCUGGUGGAGAACGGUUACGAGAACAUUGACUUCAUCACGGACAUCACGUGGGAGGAUCUGCAGGAGAUCGGGAUCACGAAGCUGGGCCACCAGAAGAAGCUGAUGCUGGCGGUGAAGAAGCUGGCAGAAAUCCAGAAGGCCGAGUACGUCAAGUACGAGUCGGGGACCCUGAAGAAGAAGGCGCCCCAGUCUCUGGAUGUGCUGGCCAUCGAAUCCCCCCAGCAGGAGAAUGCUGAGUGCCAGUCUCCCAAGAUGACCACCUUCCAGGACAGCGAGCUGAGCAAUGAGCUGCAGGUGGCCCUCACGGGCACGGACGAGGCAUCCGAGGGCCAGGAGAAGCAGGAGAACCAUGUGGCACAUAUCCGGGACGGAGCAGGCUACCGGGGCCCCUCCUCCAGGCAGGUGCAUGAGAACAGCCUGAGCGGCCGGGCCAAGCAUAUAAGCAGCUCCCAGGAGCUGCUGGGGGACGGGCCCAAGGGGCCGAGCGCAGCCAUGUCCAAGAGCCAGGAGUUCCUGACGGAGGAGGUGAAGGAGGGGCCCCCCAGCAUGCCCAAGGAGAUCAGGCCCGCACGGCACGGGCACCCUGUCAAGAGAGCCAGCGUGCCCCCAGUGCCAGGCAAGCCCAGGCAGUCAUUCCCCCCGGCCGGAGGGCGCUUCACCCCACCGCAGACGCCCACCAAGCCGCGGCCAUCCUCGCCCCAGACGCUCAUCGUGCCCCAUGCCACGGCCAAGGUCAAGCCCACGCCACAGCUCCUUCAGCAGGCUGACCGCCCCAUGUCGCCCCGGUCUCUGCCUCAGUCCCCCACCCACAGGGGCUUUGCCUACGUCAUGCCGCAGCCCGUGGAGGGCGAAAGCCUCGCCGGGCACCCACCGGGCCCCGUGGCACAAGGAGUCCCAGUCCUGCCGGUCUCAGUGCCCGUGCUCUGCCUGCCGCCGCAGAAUGGGGAGGCAGAGGAGGAGCUGGGCAAGCCGAAGAAGCGUGCGCACAGCCUGAACCGAUAUGCAAUGUCUGACAGCGAGCAGGAGCGGGACGAGCUGCUGGUGCCAGAUGCCGGGCCCUAUGCCACAGUGCAGCGGCGGGUGGGCAGGAGCCAUUCGGUCCGGGCACAGUCGGGUGGAGACAAGAACGUCAACCGCAGCCAAUCUUUUGCUGUCAGGCCCAAGAAGAAGGGGCCGCCCCCACCGCCCCCCAAGCGCUCCAGCUCCGCCAUCUCCAGCACCAACAUGGCCGACGACUUCAGCAAGGAGGGGGAAGGGGACGCGCCCGGCGGGGAGGAUGAGGAGGCCCAGGAGAGUUACCGGGAGCAGCGGCGCGCGAGCGACUUGGGGGGCAGCGUGGACACAGGCAGCGCGGGCAGCGUGAAGAGUAUCGCCGCCAUGCUGGAGAUGUCCUCUAUUGGUGGGGGCGCUCGGGCGCUGGCCCUGCAGAAGCCUCACCCAGGAGGAGGAGGGAAGGGACCUGAAGGCUACUACCUGCACCCUGCUGGUGCCAUGCACCUGGCCAGCCCAGAGCAUUCCCGCGUGGCCGCUGUCUUGGCCACCGUGAAGCACAAAGACGCCAUCGGCCUGGAUGGGGAGGUGGUGAACCGGCGCAGGACCAUCAGCGGCCCCGUGACCGGCCUCAUCGCGGCCGCCCGAAGGGAGCGCUCUGACAGCAUCAGGUCGGACACGGGCAAGGACAGCGGCCCGGUGGAGCGGCUACGGGCGGAGCACGGGGGCUCCCCCCAGAACAGCUCGGCUGAGAACAUUCCCUUUGCCGAGGAAGGGAACCUGACCAUCAAGCAGCGGCCCCGGCAGAUGGGGCUGGCCAAGGGCGAGGCAGGGGAGGGGCUGUCGCCUGCUCACCGGCACGGGGACUUGGCCAAGGUGGAGGCCAGCACCACACUCAAGAGGAGGAUCCGAGCCAAACAGAGCCAGCAGGACAGCGUCAAGUUCAUCCUGACGGAAUCGGACACGGUCAAGCGACGGCCCAAGUCCAAAGACAAGGAGCAGGGGCUGGAGCCGGCCCCCCUUUCCAUCUACCAGAAUGGCACCAGCACCAUCAAGCGGAGGCCGGCGUCUGAGAUGAGCGGCGCGGAGACGCCCCCGCUAGGCCCUGCUGCAGGCAACAGGCAGGACAGGCUGGAACACGUGCCGCAGGCUGUGGGCGGGGAGCCCAAAAAGCCCGUCAAGCCGCCGGUCUCUCCUAAGCCCGUGUUAACCCCACAAGCACAGAAGGUCCCCGGGCUGCCCACACCCACUUCCAAAAAGGCACCGAUCCCCAGCCCUGGCAGCCCAGAGGUGAAGCGAGUCCAUGGCACCCCACCCCCGGUGUCGCCCAAGCCCCCACCACCCCCGACGGCACCCAAGCCCCCCAAGCCUCACGCUGCCAUCCAGUCAGUGAGCGCGGGCUCCACGCCCACCCCAUCCCCUGCCAAGCAGCUCACCACCACGAUCAAGCCUUCAAGCACACCGCCUUCGCUCUGCUCGAGCCCCGCCAAGCCCUUGUCACCCGGCGGGCAGCCCCAGCAGGUGCCCGUCAAGCCGCCACGCUCCUCCAUCGCCGGGCCCUCGACGGAGAGUGCCAGCCCCGAGAUGGCACACCAGAAGCUGGAGGAGACCAGCGCCUCGCUGGCAGCUGCCCUGCAGGCCGUGGAGGAGAAGAUCAAGCAGGAGGACAGGCAGGCAGCAGACUCUGCCACAGAAGCGAAGAGCACAGUCAGCAUCCUGGACGACAUCGGCAGCAUGUUCGACGACCUGGCCGACCAGCUGGACGCCAUGCUGGAAUGAGGCCCGAGGAGAACCCCAGCUAACCUCAGGAUUUACCGUGGGUACAAGGGCACAAUGAUCCCCUGACUCCCAGGCCCCUCCCUGCCCCUUGUACAGCCUGUCCCCCCUCGGCGACUAGCCCAUCCUUCGGGGUUUGCACAAAGAAGAAAAGAUUACCUCAGGAUUGUGCUCACACAGACCGCGGCCUGCGGCGCUCGGGGCAGGCUUUUGGCGGCAGUGGGUUUGCAGAAG